AACUGAGCGCGAGCUCGAAGGCACAGAGACAGGCUGAGGAGAAGCUAACUAGUGACAAGAAGAUGGCGGAGUGAGUGGGUUGCGCUUUGAAGGAAAGCUGCGACCCUUCAAUUCGGUAAAAUAUUCUCUUGGAAUUGGAGAAUUGUAUCGAUAUUGAAUCCAUCGUCGGAAAUUUGCUAUUAAAGAUUCAUAUCGCCCCUCUCGUGGAGGUGGUUCGAAGAGAUUAUCGAGUGGGGCUUCGAGUGACUGGUGUCAUUUUUCGUACCUCGACGCUAGCUAGCAGCAGCCUAGCUAGCCAGUUACUCGAGGCCACUGGAUGAUUGUCAACGUAAUCCGGUCACAUUUGGAUUUCUGCUCAGAAGUACUGUUUUCAUAUCUUUCGUGGAUAAGUUAUUUCCACGAAUAUAUGUUUACAAGCUAGCGAAGAUAUCGACAGCUGCCGAACAGCAAAAUUGCAUUCUAGACCCAUUAUCUACAUUGUUUCAAGUGAUCGCCCACGGCUAAUCAGGACUCUAUGUUCUGAUAACGAGCUGCGAGAGAAGGGGAACCGACGGAGUAGUCCCACUGAAUCCUGUUUAACCUGAUCGGGUGGUGCUCGUGAGUGUGUGGAUAUGGCCAGCAGCAGCGGCUCGAAAGCCGAAUUUAUUGUCGGUGGAAAAUACAAGCUUGUCAGAAAAAUUGGAUCCGGAUCAUUCGGAGACAUCUAUCUGGCAAUAAACAUCACAAAUGGAGAGGAGGUAGCAGUCAAAUUGGAAUCACAGAAAGCCAGGCACCCACAGUUGUUAUAUGAAAGCAAACUGUAUAAAAUUUUACAAGGAGGAGUUGGAAUCCCACACAUAAGGUGGUAUGGCCAAGAGAAGGACUACAAUGUCCUAGUGAUGGACCUACUGGGGCCCAGUCUGGAGGACCUGUUCAACUUCUGCUCCCGCAGGUUCACUAUGAAGACUGUCCUAAUGCUGGCCGACCAGAUGAUUAGCAGAAUCGAGUAUGUGCACACAAAGAACUUCAUCCACAGAGAUAUCAAGCCAGACAACUUCUUGAUGGGCAUUGGGCGUCACUGUAACAAGUGUUUAGAAUCUCCCGUGGGGAAGAGGAAAAGAAGCUUGGCGCUUAGUUCUGCUCAGGACCCAUCUUUCUCAGGAUUAAACCAGUUGUUCCUCAUCGACUUUGGUCUAGCCAAGAAGUACCGUGACAACCGAACACGACAACACAUCCCCUACAGAGAAGACAAGAACCUGACUGGCACCGCUCGCUACGCCAGCAUCAAUGCACAUCUGGGCAUCGAGCAAAGUCGUCGGGAUGAUAUGGAGUCGCUAGGCUACGUGCUGAUGUAUUUCAACAGAACCAGCCUGCCCUGGCAGGGUCUAAAGGUUCCACAGGCUGCCACAAAGAAACAGAAGUACGAGAAGAUCAGUGAGAAGAAGAUGUCCACGCCCGUGGAGGUCCUAUGUAAGGGCUUCCCAGCAGAGUUUGCAAUGUACCUGAACUACUGCCGUGGCCUGCGCUUCGAGGAGGCUCCAGACUACAUGUACCUCCGCCAGCUUUUCCGCAUCCUCUUCAGGACCCUGAACCACCAGUACGACUACACGUUUGACUGGACGAUGCUGAAGCAGAAAGCAGCCCAGCAGGCAGCCUCCUCGGGGGCCCAGGGGCCCCAGGCACCAACCCCCACAGGCAAGCAAACUGACAAACCCAAGACUAACAUGAAAGAGGGUCUUCUGGUUGCCAGGGGCGAUGGCGGAGGCGUCCAGCCCGCUGGUAUCCUGUCCUGAGGCGGGGCCAGGUCUGCCAGGUUUCUGAGUAAGAAGCCAAUGAUGUGAAGCAGAGCAGUGUGGUCGUAGCAGGAUAUGCCUCCCAACCAAUCACAACACCAACCCCGCCCACCUCGGCAUCCAGGACACACCCACCAGAGCCUGUCAGCCGGUCGCCGUGGGCAACCCUUUCUCUCCUGAUAAAGAACUUUUGUUCCAUAUACUAUAUAUGUUAUGGCUCUAUAUAGAUACCAUGCUCAGCAUAUAUCUAUAUAUUGGUAUGUAUAUACUAUAUCUUCAACACACAGAAAGCAGGCUUGGUAUGGAAUCUGUAGCCUUCUCUAUUGUCCUGUCCACCGAAGACGAUUUUUGUCCUUUUUAUUUUGUACCUUUUUUUUUUGUAAGAAAUGGUUGGCUCACUGUUGAUGUGAUGGUGCACCAUGCCAAUGCUGUUCCUGGCCCACUGCUACCCUCCAGAUGUCUAGCCCCCAACCGCUCACCCCUCUGGCAGCCUCCUCUCUCCAUUUUCCCCUUCCUCACCACCCCUCACCCUACCCAGCCAGGCAUGGCCCACACAGACUCUCCCUUCAGGACUCCUCAACCAACCAACCAUCUUCUUCCUGAUUCAACUCCUUGUUUAUUUCUCCCUGCUCAUUUUGAAGCGAAAUGAAAGUUGUAAAGUGAAACUGUUCUACUUUUGUUGUUAUGAAUGAAUCCUGGGGUAAUACUAAGCAAAUGUUGAAUUCUUUUCGGGUUUUUUUUCCUUCCGUUUUUUUCAUAAAAAGGUAAUAAAGAUUCUGCCUGCUGAUAUGUGCUAGAAGAGCUUCUAAUGUCAAAAUGAAAAAAACAUUCUAGUGACUACUAGAUUUCUCCUUAGGGCGCUGCAUUAACUAUAUUGUACCUGGUAUUCUGACGUCUCAAACAAUGAAUAAAAACCAUAAACUC